AUGGAAUAUACUACUAAUGUAGUUGAAUCUUUUGAUAUAGUUAAUGAUAAUUUUUCAAAACAUAAUACAAUAACCAAUGAUAAAAUAUACAAUAAUAGAACAGAUUUAUCAGUUGAAAUAUGUAAUGAAUAUCAAAAUAUCUACAAUAUUUUUAAUACAAUGAUGUGGGAGACUCGUGGAAUCAAAUUUUUACCUUACUUAUAUACAGUUACAUGUAUUAUAGGAUUCCUGGCAAAUUCAAUUAUAAUAAUUGUAUUUUUAAAAACAAAAAAAUUAAGAAAUUUAAGAAAUUUUUAUAUAAUAAAUUUGGCUAUAUCAGAUUUAACUAUAUGUACAGUUUCGGCACCUUUUACAAUCUACCAAUCAAUGAAUUUUUAUUUUCCUUUUAAUGAAAGUGCUUGUAAAUUUAUUGCCUCAUUUCAAGCUAUAAAUAUGUUUGUUUCAUGUUUUACACUUGUCUUAAUUGCAAUUGAUAGAUUUUUUUUAACUCAUUCUCCUAUUUCUUGGCCACAAAAAACAUCAUGUCAUAUUUUAUCAUAUGUAAGUAUAUGGAUAUUUGCUUUUAUUAUUACAACACCAUAUAUAUCAAUGAUAAAAUUAUAUACAGACGAGGCAUUUUUUCCAUCAAGUAGAGCAUUUACUAAUUUAUCUCUUGAACUUUGCCCUAAUGCUUUACCACCAAAUGUCUGUGGUGAAGAUCCAGAUGUCUCAAUAAUAUUACCAUCAAAAGAAAAUAACGAUGGAAGAUGGUUUUAUAUGUAUAAACAACAAAUAUAUACAUUAACAAUUUUAGCAAUUCAAGUAUUACUUCCAUUGAUAAUAUUAAUUUAUUCAUAUACACAAAUAGGUUUUGUAAUUAAGCAUCGAGCCUCCAUACCAAUGACAAUGGAUGCUAAUAGAAGACAUGAAAGACAAAAAAAAUUAACAAGGAGUAUAUUAUUGUUGACAGCUUUGGUUUUAGUAUAUGCAUUAAUAUGGUUUCCAAUGAAUUUAUAUCAUAUAUUAACAGUUUUAGGGCUAAUUAAAUAUUCCCAGAAUCAAUAUAUAACAUUACAUUUUAUUGGAGUAACAUCAGUUAUAAUAAAUCCACUUUUAUAUGGUAUUAUAAAUGAUCAAUUUAAGAAUGCAAUAAAAGAAACAACAAGUCAAAUUUUAAACUCAUUAUGUGGUAUAUUUACUUGUAAUUUAAAAAAAAAAAUAUUUAAACCAAUUGAGUAUGAUAAAAGUAGUAUGUUAUGUGAUUACAAAAGUAGUAAAUAUAAAAGAGAUGAUGAAAAAAAAUUUAAAGAAGUUAUUUCUACUAAUGAAAGACCAUUCUUGUCACCAUCAUAUAAUAAUAAUAUUGUUGAUGAUAUAAAUGUUCAUUCUUCAAUAUCAAUUUAA